AUGGCUUGGUGCGACCGCGCUGUUCAACUGCUGCUGGCCACCGUGGGCGCCUUUGUGGCAUUUAGCCUGAUGACCAUCGCUGUGGGUACGGACUACUGGCUUUAUUCCAGAGCUUACAUCUGUAAUGGAACCAACAUGACGGAUGAAACUCAAUCGCAAGCCAAGAAAACUCGCGGCGAUCUUACGCACUCGGGACUGUGGAGGAUCUGCUGUAUAGAAGGUCUUAACAAAGGGAGCUGUUACCGUAUCAAUCAUUUCCCAGAUGAUAAUGACUACGAUACCGACAGUUCUGAGUAUCUCUUACGUAUAGUCCGUGCCUCCAGUGUGUUUCCCCUUAUGAGUACCAUUCUGCUGCUGCUGGGGGGUCUGUGUGUAGGAGUGGGACGCAUCUACAACAAGAUGAACAACAUUUUGCUCAGUGCAGGCAUCUUGUUUGUGGCAGCAGGUUUGAGCAACAUCAUCGGCAUCAUCGUUUACAUCUCCAGCAACGCCGGUGAUCCCAGUGACAAGCGCGACGAAGACAAGAAGAGCCAGUACAACUACGGCUGGUCGUUCUACUUCGGCGCCCUCUCGUUCAUCGUGGCUGAGGCGGUCGCUGUGCUCGCUGUGAACAUCUACAUUGAGAAAAACAAAGAGGUGCGCUACAAAGCGCGCCGGGAGUUCAUCAAGUCUACCUCGUCCUCCUCUCCGUACUCGCGCAUGUCCAGUUUCCGUUACCGCAGGCGACGUUCGCGCUCUAGCUCGCACUCCACGGAGGCGUCCCGGGAAGCCUCUCCGGUCGGGAUUAAGAUGGUGAGCUCGAUGCCGAUUGGGGAAAUCAACAUGUACACGCUGAGCAGAGAUCCACUAAAAUCGGGUACCGAUACCUCCUACAGUCCUGAACACGAUCCUGGGUUCUUGCAGGUGCACAAUUGUUUUUCUAAAGACUUGAACGAUGGUGGCAACAGGAGGACCACACCCGUAUGA